CUCCUCUCGCUGAAAUGGCGCCGAAAAGACAGAUCGUCAAGACUACUACCAAGAAAAGCAAGAAGGGGGCUUCUUGGAAAUACACCCUUGACCUCACACAUCCAGUUGAGGAUGGAAUCCUUGAUUCUGCUAAUUUUUAAUGACACUGACUGGAGAGAUUAAAUUCAUGUCUUCUACAAAUUCUGCAUCUGUAAUGAAAUGCCUGAAACAGGAUACAUAUUGUACAAGGGAAGUAUGACAAGGAAUAGAGAGGUUGGAUUAAAUCUUAUCAGCAGUAGAAACUCCAGCCCAGCAGCCAAAGAUAAACCACAGUCAAACGUGAGGCUCCGGAGAUGUUGACAACUGCUGGAAGAGAAGCGGAAGCGAUGGCAUGGUCCAAGGCCAGGACCAAGAGUGAACGGUUUCAGGCCACCCUGGCUGGCCUCCUUGAACUGGAGGUCCUCAGAGCCAAGCACAAGCAAAUGGUGGAGAUGGCGCUGGGAAGCAGCAACCAUAGGGCUAAACCCUCACAGGACGUUCGUCCGGGAUCCUACCAGUACUGGCUGGAUGGGAACUCAUCUAGGCUGAGAUUGACCCGCAGUCUUUCGGAGGAGACCUUCGAUGACUUGGAGAGAUGCGAGACGGCUCAGAGCUGGUCAAGGCACUCCUCGGAGGACCUUCUUCUAGAUAGUGUAGGCCAUAGUGAUGAAGGCCCGGGGCCAAGGGUGCAGCAUGCUGCUGCUGCUUGGGACGACAGCAGCUCCAGGGCCAGCUCUGGGUUCUGUGAGGACGACAUGAGUGAGAUGUGCAGCGAGGACGCGGACGUCAGUUUCCUCUCGAACUCGUUCGCCCCUCUGUUCGCUCAGAAUGCCCCUGAGGUUAGCGGAACUCUGAGGCCCAUUGCGAUGAAGAGGGCCGAACAGCACAGGGAGGUCAGAGACGACGGCGCUGCCAGCAGCUGCAGUCAGGAAGUUAUCCCACAGGACGGCUUCUUCUUGGUGGCCAGCCUGUACCCAGACUCGCGCUGGCCGGACGUGUCGGAGAUACUGCAACCGCAGGUGGUCCUGGAGUCUAGGUACCGCUCGGACUUGCGCUCCCACCAGGGGGCCGAGGUUUAUCGCUACCCCAGCCCGCUGCAUGCUGUGGCCCUGCAGAGUCCACUCUACGCUCCUCGGGGUCCCAUCAACCUGAACAGGAGCUUGGAGCGUAGCACCUUGAGGCCUGGGUUGCGGCCGGCCUCUGUCUAUCUCUGCUCACACUUUGACUUCGUAGGGAUCAACUCCGAGUGUUUACCCACCAGCAUGUCCUUGGUGCCCCCAGGGCGGGCUUGUCAAAUGCUUCCCCGAGUUCCCUGUGAGAAGCACAGGCUGGAGAUACUUAUCACACGGCUGGCAAAAUGCAGCCAACAUCUUAAAAAUCAGCCACCCGUGCCAAGGCCACAGAGAGGCAACCCAGCAUCCAGCCUUCAUCGCACGUGCUCCAUGGGCAAAGGAAGGAUUUUGGACAGUAAGCAUAAAGCCCUGAAGAGAGGUGAGAAGACGAACACAAUGUCAGACUGUACCUCAGUGUCUUCCCCUAGGACCCUCCAGAAUAUGAAGAGAGCCAUGUGUACCAACCAGAGUGCUGGCGCGGCGAGAGGAGAUGCUGACACAGAACUGCUGUCUAAUGCUCCAGAUGAGGAAUGUGUUGGUGUCUCAGGCAGCAAGAAAUCGAGGGAAGCACAAGACAUGGACAAUCAGGAGGAGCAGGCAUCACCUGGAAUAGGGAUUUUCUCCCCUGGGUGCACUAGGAGAAGGUCCUCUGUUGUGUCUGAACUACCCGUGGAACUGGCCAGCUUGAGGGUAUAACAUCAAAUGGCCAGCACUCACUGAUCAGUCAUUCAAGAUUAAUUUUGGUCAUGCAUAGGCCUAGGUACAAGGAUUACAACUUUGACGUGUAUAGGCCUAAUUGUAAUUUUGAUCUGUGGAUAAGGCUAAGGCCUUUCUUGUGUGUGACUGAUCUGGAAUAAAAUUAUUAUUUUUAAUCAAAGAA